AUGAUCACUCUUCGUCGGUCGUCGCGACGGCCAAUCCUCCUAUGUAUCUCGCUCAUCCUGCUUCUCUUCUGGCACUUUGGCCUACCACCCAGUGUAAGGAGGCAGCCAAAACCCAUACCCGAUACGCAAGGCGUGCUAUACCGCCGGUCUAGCUUUGAUUGGGCCAACCUGCGGCGUCAGUAUCCUCGCGACAAGCUGCUCCGUUUGCCCAAAGGCGACCCCAUCACGUUUCCCAGGGUCCAGCGCGACCCUAGCCAGUCCAGCAGUCCCGCCACGGCUGUCGAGGUCAUCCAAUCGAGGCGCAAUGCCGUUCUCAACGCCUUCCGGAGGAGCUGGGCGAGUUAUCAAAAACACGCCUGGACCUGGGAUGAGCUGAUGCCCGUCUCCGGACAGGGCAAGAAUCCCUUUGGUGGUUUCGCUGCCAGCAUCGUCGACAGCCUCGACACCCUCUGGAUCAUGGGUUUGCGCCGAGAAUUCGACCAGGCGGUGCAGGCGGUGGCCCUCAUCGACUGGGACAACACGACCAUGACCUCGAUCAACAUGUUCGAGACGACCAUUCGCCAUCUGGGCGGCCUGCUCUCCGCCUACGACCUCAGCAGCGAGCCCGUGCUUCUGGCGAAAGCCACGGAGCUGGGCGAUAUGCUCUACGCUGGUUUUGAUACCGAGAACGGCAUGCCUCCGUUUUGGUUCAAGUUCUCCGCAGCCAAGUACGGCCACCAGGUCGGAGGUGAUCGCGAUUCGUCCGCCUCUGGAUGCUCAAUGUCCAUGGAGUUCACUCGUCUGUCCCAGAUCACGGGCGACCCCAAGUACUAUGACGCCACGGAGCGUGUCAAGCAAUUUCUCCGCGACACCCAGCAGGACACGCUGAUUCCCGGCAUGUGGCCUGCCUUUCUCAACUAUCGAAAGAUGCUGGCCACCGAUACCCACUUCACCAUAGGGGGCCAGGCCGACUCGCUGUACGAGUACCUGCCCAAAAUGCACGCUCUCCUGGGAGGCCGUGAUCCGCAGUACGCCAAGAUGGCCGAAGAGGCGUUGGACACCGUCUCCAAAAACCUCGUCUUUAGACCUUUGAUUCCCGAUAAUGCCGAUAUUCUUUUUAUUGGUGACACCAACGCCCACAAGACGCGGGCCAACGAGCAUGUCCCGGAGAUGCAGCACUUGUCAUGUUUCGCCGGCGGCAUGUACGCCCUGGCCUCGCGCCUGCUCAACCGGCCAGAUUACAUGUCGAUCGCCGAGAAGAUAACACGCGGCUGCGUGUGGUCCUACAAAGCCUUCCCCACGGGUCUCAUGGCCGAGAUCAGCUCUCACAUCUCCUGCGCCCAGCUCACCACGCCACCCAAUACCGACCUUCAAGCCGCCUGUGAGUGGUCCGAAAAGGCGUGGAAGCUCCAGACGUUCAGCCGUGGCGUCCAGGACACGAUGCCUAUGGGCUUUCGCUCGGUUCGCGACCCGCAUUACCUCCUGCGCCCCGAGGCCAUCGAGAGCGUGUUCUACAUGUGGCGUAUCACGGGCGCCGUGGAGUGGCGCGACGCCGCCUGGGACAUGUUCCAGGCCAUCGUCAACGCCACGGAAACGAAGCUGGCGUACUCGGCCAUUCGGACUGUCAUUGUUCCCAAGGGCGGCGAAACGGAGAAGACCGAUUCGAUGGAGAGCUUCUGGUUCUCGGAGACUCUGAAGUACUUUUAUCUCAUUUUCUCCGAUGACGACGUUUUGAGCUUGGAUGAAUGGGUGCUGAACACUGAGGCGCAUCCGUUCAAAAGGCCACGCCCCGGAUCUGCGUGA